GAGCUAAUUAUUAACCAGCGUGCUGUUGACAGAGUUUGGCAGGCCUGAGUAGCCCCCCACACUGAUUUGCUAAACCUCUCCAUUGACCGCUUCCUAUUUCAGCCACUUGAGCUUGCCCCAGAAAGCAUAAGCAAAGAUUCAACUGAAAACAAAGCUUUUCCAGGUGGGCAACAGAAACUUACCUGGGGAGUCAACAAUGGAAAGAGGAGGAGGAGGAAGAAAAAGGGAAGUGGAGGACAAAUCAUGUCAUUGAGUGGAAAGUACGUCACCCUGUCUCUUUUCAAUCAUAUCGGCAUGGGACUGUUCAGAAUCCUGGUAGGACCUGGCACAGAAAUUAUUAAGACGUUAAAAUCCAGUACCGGCAUUGUACCAUGUGCCACAGAGAGACUGGGUGCUACAAGGCGACUAGUCCAGCAUCUUUAAAGACAGACUUUCAUCAUUUAAUAUUUUGAAUUGUAGCAGUAAAUGGAUUUUCAUCUGCGGCAGAGUGCUUUUUCAGGUUUGUAGCACAUUAAGCACAAGCAACACAAAUGGAGAAGAUAGAAAAGUGCAGCUUAAGCAGCAACAACUCCCAUCACAAUGAAAUGCAGGAAGCCAUGAUCAGCAUUCCUUCUUUACUGUGCGGUUCUACGCUGGUCAUAGUGGCAUUUAUAUUGUCAAAGACAUGCAAGGUGAUGAUGAAGAAGACAUCUUCUGUACAAGCUCCAUCAGCAAACAUCUUAACAGAGAAGCCACUGCCUACCAAGGACCUGUCCAUAACUGAAUGGGAAAUUCCCACAGAAUGCAGCGUGCAGGAUUUGGAGUACCUUCAAAGUGGGCGAUAUGGACCCACCUGCAUGGCACAGGUGGUUCAAGCUGACCUGUCAGUGCCGGUGAUUGUCAAAGCACUUAGAGAUCAAACAUCUGAAACUGAAGUAGGAGAAUUCCUGGAGUGGAUAAAAUUUCAUAUUCAGAUAUGCAGACAUGAAAACCUGGUGAAGAUGCUCUACUGCCAGACAGAACACGCGCCCAUGUUUUUAGUCUUGGAAGCCAGCGUUCCUGGGAACCUGCUUCACUUCUUAUGGGAAUUUCGAAAGAAAGACAUCGAUUAUCAGGAUUACCCAAUGAACUUCACUGAGAAGAUUGUGUAUUCUGUGGCCAGGCAGGUGGCAUCUGGACUUGAGUACUUAACAAACGUGCAAAAGCUAAUUCACGGUGAUGUGGCUGCUCGCAAUGUUGUAAUUGGGGACAAUUGGAGAGCCAGAAUAUGCGGCCUCAGCACUGCAUUUGACAUCAAACGGAAUGGGAGUCUGCCUUCCCCUGGAACCUCUAUAAUCCCCUGGAAGUGGUUGGCACCUGAAAGAAUGAUGAGGCUGUCAGUCACAGAGAAAAGUGAUGUAUGGUCUUUUGGCAUCCUGCUUUACGAGAUGAUGACACUGGGUUCUCCUCCAUACCCUGAUCUGCAGCCAACAGAGGUACUUUCUAAUCUUCUGGGGGGCUACAGAAUGAAGAGGCCAGAGCACUGUGGAGGGGCCCUGUAUGACAUUAUGAAACACUGUUGGAUGUGGGACCCUUUAGACAGACCCUCAUACUCUGGACUGAUUAAACAGAUGGACUCCUAUGUCUAUUGUGCUGGUACAAACAGGCUGUCAUCCAAGAAGCCCCUGGAUUUGCACGAGUAUAGCCUUAUAGCUGAUGUGAUUUGCUGCACUCCCAGGCAGAAUAUAACUGAUAACGGGGUCAGACUGUGAAAAGAUAACAGAAGAUGGAGAGAAUAGAUUACAAACCCACCAGUGGAGACAUUGCACAGAAAUAUAUUAGAUGAUGUAUAUUAAAUAUCUCCAACCUGAGUGAUCUUCUACAGAAUUAAUUGGUCAGACCAGGUUUCAUCAGUUAUUUAGUUUCAUGGAGUUACAUGACUUUUAUUUAAACUUUCUUUAAUAAUGAAUUAUUGUGCUUUAUAUUUAAAGAUCACCUCAUAUUUUAUUAAUUUCAUUUCUUAUUUGAUAAUCAUGUGACAUACAGGGGUGACACAGUUCUUCUUCCUUAGCUUUUCCCAUUUUUAUAUGGGGUCACUAUUUUUGACAAGACACUCUGUCAUCUUCAUACUCAUUCCCAUUUAAUGCUUUCUCCCUUUAAAUAGUUACUUAUACAAUCCAUCCAACUCUGCCUUGAUCUCCACCUUCUUCUCCUUCUCUCACCAUUCAAUUUGAUGACCCUCUUGCUGACACAGUUGUCAUCUCUUCUCAUAACAGUUACCAUACCAUUGCAGCUUUUUCUUUUGGAUCUUCUUCGAGAUUUCCAUAACUUUUGCAGUUUACCCAUUCCUCUCAUUUUUGUUUUUAUCCAUUUUUGUCACUGCACAAAUCCACCUCAACACGCUCAUCUCAGCUACUUCUGGAUUUCUCUUUUGGGUCCUCAUCAGGGGCCUUGUUUCUACUCUAUAUAUCAUAGUUGAUCUGACAACCAUCUUAUAGAGCAGGGGUGGGGAAAGUCAGUCCUGGAGGGCCGCAGUGGCUGCAGGUUUUUGCUCCAACCCAGUUACUUAAUUAGAAAACAAUCCUUGCCAAUAAUUUAAUUUCAUGGCUUGUUAGUGCUUUAACUCUGCCACGUCAGGUCAUUCACAUAUCCUAGAUUUUCUACCCCUUUCUAUGGAUAUCAUCUAAAUGAUUUGAAGUCUAAGAUGGAGGAGUAAUUCUCAGUCCUUCACUUUUUUCUCUUCACUUUUCUUCCAAGUAUUUAAUUAAACCCAAUAGUGCAUGAUAAAUACACACAGGUGUAAAUGGUAACAAGCUUUGUCAUUUGCAUCUUACUGCUAAUAAGGAGCCAUUAAAAACCAAGAAUACAGCUGUUUAAGACUAAAAUAAGCAAUAUGGGUUCAAAAUCUUAACGAACGAGACAACUAAAAUGAAGCAGAAGUGUUACUUGAGCAAUAAGGGCUUCUUAUUAGAUAGAUAGAUAGAUAGAUAGAUAGAUAGAUAGAUAGAUAGAUAGAUAGAUAGAUAGAUAGAUAGAUAGAUAGAUAGAUAGUUUAUUAAUCCCAAGGGGGAAAUUCACAUACUCCAGCAGCAGCAUACUGAUAUAAAAAAAUAUUAAAUUAAAGAGUGAUAACAAUACAGGUAAAAACAGACAAUAAUUAAUAAUAUUAGGCCAUUGGGUUGGAACAAAAACCUGCAGCCACUGUGGCCCUCCAGGAAUGACUUUGCCCACCCCUGUUAUAGAGUCUUCCCUUCUUCCUAACAGGAAUUCUUUGAUCACAUAACACACAAGACAGCUGUUUCCAGAACAUACAAGGUGACACAGUGAUGCAAUGCUAACACUGAUGCCUCAUGGCUGCAGAGCGAGGGUGCAAGUCUGACUCAAAGCACUGUUUGGGAGUAAUGUGCAUGUGUGGUGUAAGUAGGCUUUCCAAUGGAGCUGUGGCUCAUCCAGGGUCAGCUUCUGCAUUGAACAUGACACUUUAAGGAUAGGUUGUGUCCUACUGCAACUUUGACCUUGAUUAAGUGGAUCUGAUAACAGAUCGAUACAACAUAUACCAAUUGUUACAAAGUUACAAUGGCAGUGCCCCUUUUGUGUCAUUGAACUCAACAACACUUAUGUUAUAAAGUCUUAAAUUAAAUAUGGCAUAACUCUGAAACUGGGGCAUGAUAUGUCAGUGAUGUGCCCUGGUGAGCCUCCAUAUCACAGCACCAGAACUACUAGUGAUGAUUGAAAUAGAAGAGUUUUGUUUCACAAAAAGUUUCAGGAAAUAAUCUCUAAAAUUGGAUUCACGUGUGACUUCAUAACUGCAAAAUGUGACAGGGUAAGAAGUAAAGAUAUUGUUCCAUAAGCGUUAUUCCACAGUUGAAGCUACUGUCUAGUUCCUCAGCCACCCUGAUUUUCCAUUACUCUUUCCAUGCAGCUUCACACGCUCUCAUCUUCCUCAUGCACUGCCUGCACAUUCACACUGCUGAUUCUACCUGCACCGCUCAUUUGGGGUCAGAAGUAACACCACCUGUGCUUAUUCUUACUCAAUUCUCUAAGCUGAUCCAAGCCAAAAUCCUUCUAGUGGCUCACUGGCAGAAACACACACAGGCCAAUGGAUUGUAGAAAUGGCGAAGUGCUUCCUGGUAAUUACUCUCUCGCUCUUUAUACUGUAAUAUAUUUCAACAUGCUUUUGAUGUCAUAUGUGCUUGAGAUGUUGCACAGCAAAGUGCCAGGACCAUAGUAACAAAAUUCUGACACCCAUCAUUUUGACCACAGAGAAAAGUUGGAGUACUGCUUGCCUGAGGACAGCAGAAAGAAUGUAGUCAAAAAACAAAGCACAGGUCAAAACCUGAAGGCUAAAUAGAUCAUCAAGCUUGAAAAUCAUAGUCAAGGACACACAAGGAUCAGAAACCAAAAUAACCAGAAAUUCGCUAAAUAAAGUAACAAACUACCCAAAUCAUGGAUAGGAGAGCUUUAAAUUAUUGCACCAAUGAUGUCAUCGCCACACUGUCCUGAUGCAUCCUGGGAUACAAUGUCAUGGAAAUGGAUGACGCAAAGCACACAACAUAGUAGAACCUAACAACAAAACAAAAUGGUCCAGAGAAACAUUUGAAACUAAAGUAAAUUUGUUAAAAUGAGAUUCUAAUCUAGAAAUAGUAAGAGAAUUAGAUUUUUUGGGUAUAAAAACCUCCAGAUACACUGCCAAGAAUAUUUUGAGGCAU